UGCUGUGAUGGCGAAAAUAGUCGCCCCCCACCUUUUCCAGCAGAAUGGACUCGGCCCGUGUUGUAUGUGCAGGUCGUGACGUCAGCAGACUUCCACACCGUCUAACAGCACGUUCACUUGUCAGAGCGAGAGAAGUGAGAAGAGCUCCUCACAGACAUGGCAGACCCGCAGAUGGAGGCCUCAGCAGGGGCUGAGCUAAUGGAAGAAGGAGAGCCUUUCCUCAGCAACCUGGACAUCUUCCUCUUCUCCCUCAUUGUGGGUCUAAUCAUAUACUGGUUCAUGUUCCGCAAGAAGACUGAGGCCAUCCCUGAAUUUAAGAAGCUUGAAUCUCCAGCACCGGCCGCGAGGGAAACCAGUUUCAUUGAGAAGAUGAAGAAAACGGGCAAGAACAUUGUGGUGUUCUAUGGCUCGCAGACAGGCACAGCUGAGGAGUUUGCCAACAGGCUCUCCAAAGAUGCCCAGCGCUAUGGCAUGAAGGGCAUGGCUGCAGAUCCAGAGGAAUACGAAAUGAGUGAACUUUCUCGCUUGAAAGAGAUCGACAACGCCUUGGCCAUUUUCUGUAUGGCCACUUAUGGGGAAGGAGACCCUACAGAUAAUGCCCAGGAUUUCUAUGACUGGUUACAGGAGGGUGACACUGACCUGGACGGAGUCAAUUACACGGUGUUCGCACUUGGCAACAAGACGUAUGAGCAUUACAAUGCCAUGGGCAAAUAUGUGGACAAAAGGCUGUCGGAGCUGGGUGCCAAGAGGAUCUUUGACCUUGGCUUGGGAGACGACGAUGGCAAUCUCGAGGAAGACUUUGUGUCAUGGAGAGAGCAGUUCUGGCCAGCUGUAUGUGAACACUUCGGAGUCGAAGCGACUGGAGAAGAGUCCAGCAUCCGUCAGUACGAGCUGAAAGUCCACGAGGACCUUAAUAUGAAUAAGAUCUACACAGGAGAGCUGGGACGCCUGAAGAGCUUUGAGAACCAGAAACCGCCAUUUGAUUCUAAGAACCCAUUCCUGGCCCCUGUUACUGUUAACCGCAAGCUCAACAAAGGAGGCGACCGGCACCUGAUGCACUUGGAACUGGACAUCACAGGGUCCAAGAUAAGGUAUGAAUCAGGAGACCACGUAGCUGUAUAUCCCACCAAUGAUGCCACCAUAGUGAACAGGCUGGGGGAAGUCCUUGGCGUGGACCUUGAUACCGUUAUCUCCCUGAACAACCUCGACGAGGAGUCCAAUAAGAAGCACCCGUUCCCGUGUCCCACCACGUAUCGCACCGCCCUCACUCAUUACCUGGACAUCACUAACUCCCCACGUACCAACGUCCUGUAUGAGCUAGCCCAGUACGCCUCCGACCCCAAGGACCAGGAGAACAUGCGCAAGAUGGCUUCAUCUUCACCUGAGGGCAAGGCAUUGUACCAGAGUUGGGUGCUAGACUCAUGCAGGAACAUUCUAGCCAUUCUAGAAGACUUACCAUCAUUACGGCCCCCCAUCGACCACCUCUGUGAGCUCCUGCCCCGCCUGCAGGCUCGUUAUUACUCCAUCGCCUCCUCCUCCAAGGUGCAUCCCAAUAGCAUCCACAUCUGUGCUGUGGUGGUGGAGUACAAGACAAAGACUGGUCGCACCAACAAAGGUGUCGCCACCAACUGGCUGAAGAGCAAAAUGCCCACCGACAACGGGCACAAGGCCACCGUGCCCAUGUACAUCCGCAAGUCGCAGUUCCGGCUGCCCUUCAAGGCCAGCAAUCCUGUCAUCAUGAUCGGCCCAGGAACCGGUAUCGCUCCCUUCAUGGGCUUCAUUCAGGAACGUGCCUGGCUCAAAGAGCAAGGUAAAGAAGUGGGAGAGACCGUGCUGUACUUUGGCUGCCGUCACAAGAAUGAAGACUUCUUGUACCAGGAGGAGCUGGAGGCGUUCGAGAAGGCAGCAGUGCUGACGCAACUUAACGUGGCCUUCUCCAGGGACCAGGAGCACAAGGUUUAUGUUCAGCAUCAACUGAAGAAUAAUAAGGAGGCGGUUUGGAGGCAGAUCCACACAGACAAUGCACACAUCUACAUCUGCGGGGACGCGCGUAACAUGGCAAGGGACGUACAGACCACCUUCUACGAGAUCGCAGAGGAGCUGGGCGGCAUGACGCACACCCAAGCUGUGGACUACAUCAAGAAACUGAUGACCAAGGGACGCUACUCGCAAGACGUCUGGAGUUAAACCGCCUCCCCCCGCUCUUCAAAUUUAUAAAUUUUUUUAAUUGGCGGUGUUUCAAGGACCGCUUUAAACGUGUAUGUAAUCUUUUCAGAGUAGUAAAUGGGGGGGGAAACACGGACAUGCAGACGUUUAGCUCACUCACUGUAGUUUCGAGUUGGUGCUUCUGGCAGUUGCCUCGACAAACACUUUCAUUGUACAUAGAUACAGUAAGUCUUAGUGUGUGGCAUCGUGAACAUAUCAACCAAAAUACUGAACUGUCACACAGUGCGAUAGGCUCUUCAUGAUUUACCGCCUUCAUAAAAGGCAGCGAGGGGCUUAGUUUAAGCAAAUGUGCAGAAUAUUGAAUGUUUUUAUGCGGGACCAUAAACUCAAUACUCUAAUUAUGUAAUAGGGCUACUGAACAUACACUUUAUGCAUAGAACUUCAUGGCUUUAUAAUUGCAAUCAUGUACAUGCAAAUCUGCAGUAGCCACUAAUUUAAGUGAUGGAUUUGACUCUUCAGGCCCCAUCAGGGUGAAACCGGCUGUGAUGACUGCCUUUAGCAUCUCAGAGACACUGAUUAAAUGUAGUUAUCGCUAUGCACUUGAUGCCAUUUGUACUGUAGCCUGCUGUGCUUCACUACUUCUGUAGGAAUCAAUACAGGGCAUCAAUUAAUGUUGAAUAAUUUUGUCUUUUACUUUUUUUGAAAAAUCUUAACAUUUCAGUUUUCAAGUGAACUCAUACAUGCGCAGCAAAAUAACUUAAGGGUGAUGCAUGCUGGCACACCCCGUAGGACAUUGUGACGGUUGUCAUUUCAUUUUUUUUUUCAACUUUAAAGCUCCGUUGAUUAGGACAUUACACACUGUUUCUCUGCCGUAUUUACCUUUUUAGUGCUUUUCCUUUUCAGUGGUGUAGCAUUACAUUCUGAACUAUGCUUUAUUUCUGUUGUUUUUGUGUCCGGUUUGUUCCUUCUCAACACUUUUCCGAGUGAUCGUACUUGUAGUCGAGCUCAUAGACACAUCAGGCCUCAUGUGGGUCUCAUUUGUACACCACUUGUGGAAUAUAAGGGACUGUUGGCCUUGAGAACCUAUCUGUGUACUAGUCAACCUGUGCCUUAUUGAAAAAGUAGCCUGCCUUCUUAAUGGAAUCUGCAGUUCAGCAUCGCUGAUGAUGAACUAGUUAUUUUGGAAGAGAAUAUGAUGUAAAUUGGUACUGUUGCUGUUACUUAUUUUGUCAGCAUCAUACAGUUUUAUAUGCAAUGAAUGUUUCCUAUAUUACUACUAUCUAGGCAUGUCUUUUUAAAUUAAUAAAAUUGAAAUUCAGAUUUAA